AUGCAGGACCUCGCCCACCAUGCAGCGGACGUCCUGAGGUUUGGGGCACAGGCGCUUGGGGCCUCGCUGGUGGUGGAGCCCUCGUGCGCGGGCCUCGUGGCGGCCUACGCGGUGGCCGCCUGCACGGUCGGGCUCGCCGUCGGCGCUGUGGCAGGUGCGUCUUGCUCGCGCCAGAGCCCCAGCGCUGCAGUGAUGGCGGGGAGCUUCCACGCCAUACGCUACCGCGUCGGCGGUGUGGCCCUGUGGCACGAGCGUCUGGUACUCGGGGUCUCAGCGGGGUUCGCCUACGUCGUCACGCCCGACUUCGACGACUACGACGAGCCGAUUGUGGUUGGGCCCGACGUGCGGGCGGUGCUGCCGUUGGCUGGCCAGGGCGACACGCCUCCCGCGCUGGUCGGCGCCGCCGUGCAUCGCUUUCGGCGCCUGCCGUCCGCCGCGGAGCUGUGGGCCGCCGUGGGUCGCUCUGUGGCUGCGGGCUACCCAAUGCCACCAGAUCCUCUUCCUCUGGCUCUCUCGGCGGCCGAUGCGGCGGGCGCGCCUCCAGGACCCGUCCUUCUGGCCGACCCUGCUGCCGCGGCCGCGGCGCCGCCGGCGCCGCCUCUCGCACUUCCACCUGCGGCUGGUCCUGCUGCUCCCGUACCGCCUGGCGCCGUCCCAGGAGUCGCGGCGCUCGCCGCUGCGCUGGGACCCGUGCCACCUGGCCCUGCCGCGGCGCCGCCGCUGGCGCACGUGCCUGGAGCUGCUGCUGGCGGUCCUGCCGCGGUCGCUCCGCUCCCCGCGCCCGCUGGCGAUUUCAGGGUGCUGCCGAUGGCGAUCAACAUGCGGGGGGAGCGUGAGCGGAGGUUCGGCGAGACGGUGAACGGCCUCUCCGAGACCGAGGUGCAGGGCUGGCCAGUCCAGGGCCCACGGACGCUUCUCUGGUGCCUGUCCUUCAUGUCCACCAUGGCGGGAACUCCCACCGCGUGGCAUCAGCGCUGGCUCACGUCCAUGGCGUUGGCCGACGACGACGAGCACGCCAAGCUCCACGAGACCUUGUGUCGGGUCCUGGACCUCGCCGUGGUCUACGAUCAGCUGCAGGUGGCAGAGAUGGCGUCGUUCGAGAUCGUCGCACGUCAGCUCCAGCUGCUGGAGGAGCGGGUGUACGAGAGUCGGUCGCUGCCCCAGACGGCCGCCGCUCCCAAGGCCAAGUCUGGAGCUAGGAGUGGUGCGACGGCCGCGGCCUCCAGCAUCCCCGAGACGAGCUACUUCCUCGGCGCGGGCGUCUCCAAGGCGAACCUGUGCAUCUCGCCGAGGCUGCUUGAGUACAUUGCAGAUCAGAUGCGGGCGGAGGCAGCCCUAGCAGAGUUGCUCGCGUCGGCGCCGGGGUACUCUGGUGAGUCUCGGGUAAGACCCUACGACAAGGAGCUCGUCUCCUGGCCGAAGCACGUGGCCCCCGUUCCCACGGCCGAUCUCGUGUCCGACGCCGAUCGUUCAACGUUGUCAGGGUGGAGGCAACAAAUGCUACGUGACCCUGCGGAGACAGCCGCUCUCAGGAUGAACUCGGGCAUCGGGUCGCCAUACGUGGAUCCUCGCCUGCGGUUUCGCCCUCGGGAGUAUGCUGAUUUUUUGCUGCGCCUGGAUCAGGCGGGCAUGCUAGAGUGGGAAGUCGCCGAACGUCAGGCGGCGUACUCCACAGGUUUCUUCUUCGUCGAGAAGUCGAAUGGCGUCAACCUGCGGCUCGUUUUUGAUACGCGGGUGGCCAACAUGUCCUUCUCUGCCCCUCCCUCUACGAGAUUGCCGACUCCGUCGGCAUGGAGUGCCCUCGAGGCGUCGAAUGACUUCUACGUGGCGCAGGGUGACAUCCAGUGCGCCUUUUAUCACAUGAAGCUGCCGCCCCAGCUGCACCGAUACUUCUCCUUGCCAGUGGUCCCGAAUCGGCACGUGGGUCUCAAGGUGAUCAAUGGUGUCAAGAUCCCGACGAAGGCCUUUCUACAGCCGUUCGUGUCAGUGAUGCCGAUGGGUUGGUCGUGGGCUCUCCACUUCUGCCAGUCGGCUUUAACCGCGGCCAUUCGCGACGCGGGGAUCGAUGACGAUGCGAUGCUGGUGGACGGUGCAGCACCUCGUCCUCUGCGAAACGAUACCGACGUCAUCGCAGCGGGUUGCGUGGACAACUUCGCCACCGUGUCUCUCGAUCCAGAGGUUGCCACCGCUUCGUGCCAGGCCAUCCGCGACGUGCUGGUGGCGAGGGGCCUGCCCGUGGACGAGUUCGCCCCCGCGGCGCCUCGCGUCAUCUUCACAGGCCUCGACAUCCUGGGCGACGUGGGCGUCAUCAGGUGCAAGGUGGACCGGUUGUGCAGGCUGCGCCAGGCCCUCCUCGGUCUACUCAGACGAGGCUAUGCAUCGCCGCUUGCGCUGUCCGCCGUGGUCGGUCAUUGCACCUGGGGGAUGAUCACCAACAGGCCCAUGCUGUCGAUCUUCCAUGCAGUCUACCGCUUCAUGGGUCAGGACUCCCGUCGGGCUUUGCCGCUGUGGCCGUCAGUCGUCGCUGAGCUCCGCGCUGCUGCUUCCCUCAUCCCUUUGUGGUGGGCUGAUGUCAGGGCAGAGUGGGCGGCCACCACUUUCUGCAGCGACGCCUCUCCCUACGGCAUUGGCGUCUGUCGCAAGACCGUUGAGCAGGACGUGGCUGCAGCCGCAGGGCGAUUGUCGGAGAGAUGGCGCUACCGCUUCUCCGACGCCGUGCGCGCUCGUGCGCACGCUUUGGGAGUCGACCCGAAUGUUGUGUUGGAAGCGGCCGUGAGCAAAAACUGCUUCAAAGAUUGCGAGCAGUGCCCGAGGGACGUUCUGGCGCCCGAGGGCUUCGUGAUCCGCUACGUCGCCUAUGCGCCCUGUCGGCAGCCUCAGGCAUUCGUCACGCAGUGCGAUGCUUCGACGUCGACGGAGCUGAGGACCAAGACGCCGCCAAAGCCAGAACGGCUCGGGCAGGCAGCGCUCUCGGUCGUCGAGUCAGCCGCCGUGUCGGACACGACCAUGGUCAACGACUGGGGCGCGGUCAAGAAGUUCGAGGAGUGGAGCCGUCAGACGUUCCAGACCAUCACCACAGCGGCGGAGGUCGUUGUCAUCCUAGUUACCUACUUCGUGAACCUCUUUCUGGUCAGUUUCGACGAUGCUACGGGCCAAGUCAUGCUCGCCUCAGUGAAGCACUACCUGCGCCCGCCUAUGGCGGGCACGGCGCUGUCCACGGGUGCGGCUCGCGCCUUGACAGGCUGGCGGAAGCUCGCGCCCCCGCAGAUGCGACCCUCUCUUCCACGGGCGGCGAUGGCCUCCAUGGUGGGCGUCCUCGGUUCGUGGAAGCUCUUCGGCAUGGCAGUGUUCAUCCGGCUGAUGAUCGACACCUACCCGACGACCAACGCGGCCUAUCGCCUGUCAGCGGGCGGCGUUCUUCGACCAAGACCCGAUGCCACUCUCGGAUACGGACGUCUGGCCCUGAUCGUCUACGGCGCCUGCUUCGAUCGCCCUGGGAAGACAGAGGAUCGGCGUGGGGGUGCGGCCGACGACUGCCUACCUCGUCGUCGCACCAGGGAGGAGGUCAAGGACCGCGCCCAGUGGAGAACGGACCCGAGCCUCUCCCGCCACACCAAGAGGGCUCGAGUGUUGCAGCAGAUUGCCACUUUAGACCAGAUCCCGAUCGGCCGUGGGCACGGGGUGGACUCGCUGAUGGACGAUCUCAUGCUGCAGACCACCACCACGGGCGUCUUCUCUCUGCGACGGCCGCUUGCCGCGACGCCGACACCGCCAGCGGUCAG